CGGGAGCGCGGCAUUGGAAAGAGAGGCGCCGUGCCCGCGCUUUACGUCUCUGGUUCGUGUACUGACAGCCAGCUGUGCGAUUAGAACGACAACAAUCUCCGGGAUUUGAUAAAUCCAGCCGUCAAACUCGACACGUAUUGUUUGGGAAGAACACUUUUACUUGACAGAUAUAUAUAUUUUUUCGUUUAAUUUAUCCAACUAGACAGCAUUCCUCAAACAUGAAUCCGUCGUGUGGCAGAUGUGGCACAAUCGUGUACCCCACGGAAAAAGUGAAUUGUCUGGACAAGUACUGGCACAAAGGAUGCUUCAGCUGUGAGACCUGCAAAAUGACUCUAAACAUGAAGAAUUACAAAGGCUUUGAAAAGAGACCAUACUGCAAUGCACACUACCCCAAGACAAACUUUACCUGCGUGGCCGACACUCCCGAGAACCUCCGCCUCAAACAGCAGAGCAAGAUGCAGAGCCAGGUGCAGUACAAGGAGGAGUUUGAGAAGAACAAAGGGAAAGGUUUCAGUGCUGUGGCCGACACGCCGGAGAUGCAGAGAAUCAAGAAAACCCAGGACCAUAUCAGCAACAUUAAGUACCAUGAGGAGUUUGAGAAGAACAGGAUGGGAGGAGAAAUCCCAUCUCCCCAGCCCAACAGCCCCAAUCCAGUGUUCCAGCAGCAGCUGCCCCACCAGCCCCCUGCUGCGUCUAAGAACUACA